AUGUCGGCUUCGCCAGCGGAGGAAUCAGAUGAGUGGAAGGCUCAGGAUAAAGGGCCAAUCAUCCUCAUCGUCUGUUGGAUUGUUACGGCCAUCAGCACUUGCUUCGUUGUCGGUCGUGUCUACGUGAGGGGGAGAAUAAUGAAGAAGUUUCAGAGCGACGACUGGUUCAUCAUCUUAGGAUUGCUUUGCGGUUACAUUUCAACGACUUUGUCUACGAUCGCAGUCACCUACGGAAACGGGAGACACAUGCCCCUCUUAUCGACCGAGCAGCAGCAGGGAGCCAUUCUCUGGACCACAGCAGCCUUCUGCCCUGGUAUCAUGUCCUUCGGUCUUCCCAAGCUAGCUGUUGUCUCCCUGUUAGUUCGGUUGAUGAACCCUGACAGAUAUCAUAAGUGGUUUCUAUGGUGGCUGGGAAUCUGGUGCCAGUUGACGCUAUUCGUGACGGCUGGUCUCCUACUUGGACGUUGCAUGCCAGCCAGGUCUUUAUGGGACUUUUCUGUCGAGGGCACUUGCUUUGAUGUCAAUAUCCUAGUGGCCUAUUGCAUUUAUGCGGGAUCUUUCUCAGCCUUUGUCGAUGUAUACCUCGCUGUUUACCCAGCAAUCAUACUAUUCCGCCUUCAGAUGGCCACCAAGAAGAAAAUUGCGCUUUCUUGUGCGCUAGGCAUUGGCUCAAUUUCCGGUAUCGUUGCCAUCUACAAGACGACUCGUAUCCCAUCUCUUGCUAGCAAAGAUUUCUCAUGUAGGGCUAUGACUUUGCUGUCGAAUUACUUCGAUCCUACUAAUCUCUUCCACGUAGACGAUACCUCUGAUCUGGUGAUCUGGACAGUCGUCGAGGGCAGCACCAUAAUUAUCGCAAGCUCAAUACCUGUCAUGCAGCCGCUUCUUGAGCUCAUUCUCCGGCGCAAUCCCUUCAGCUCGGCUAAGGGAUCCAAACAAACGCCGCAAUACUAUGAUGACUACGGCUCUCAGAGCAAGUCGAAAUCUCGGGGAGGAGGCGGCAUUGAGCUGGGACAGCGCAAGCCAAAGGUCAAACCGAAAGAUGAACUUGGUCUUACCAUCGUCGAGGGCGACAGCCAGGAGAACAUCCUUACACCAACGACCAACGACCAGGGCAUGUCCGCUUCUUCGGCGGCUCCAACUCUCACAUCCAGGCAAAGUGACUCAAGUCAGCGUCCCUUUGACGGAAAGAUAAUCCGGACCGAUUUCGUGAGCGUUACCUACGAGGAGCAAGGACCGGUCCGCGACAUAACGGCUUCGAGCCGAUGGAGGGCCGUCUGA